AUGGAAGUAGAAGCACUAAAGAGAAUUCUAGGAUUUGAAGACACUGCUGAUUUAACUAUAAUAAAUGCUUGCUAUGAUUCAGUCCCUUCUGAAAUUGCAAUCUUGAUAGCUUGCACUGGCUGCAGCUCCUCCAGGAUAUUUUAUCUGGUAGGAUAUGACGAAGACAGGGGUUCAUGGUUCUUGAGAGAUUUUUUCUUGCCUGCACCUCUAGGUGUAAUUUUGAAUAUGGCCGUUUUAUAUUCGGCAUCAUCAUCUAUGCUGCUGUGGGACAAAGACAAGGUGUAUCAUUCUUAUAAAGGAAACAGAGUAAAUGGAUAUAUUAAAGUGGCUGAUACAGACAAAAUAUUAUCAGCAGUAGCGGAAGGAACAACGAUUCAUCAAAUUAUUAUUGACUUUAAUGGAAACACUGUGAUCAAAAUGAAAAAUAAUGUCAUGUUUUACUUAAAAUUUAAUAUGAAAGAUGUUAUAAGGCUCAAUGCUUGGGAAGCAGAAAGCAAAAACUAUGUUUUUUAUUCGAUUCCACAUCAUGAAUUGUUUUUGCUAAAAGUCAAUGGUUCUGACAUACAUCUCGAAAUUUAUCCACUGAAAACUGAAAUACUUAGUGCCACGCAUCCUUUGAAGGAAGUCUGCCCAUAUAUAUCAUUCCAACACAGUAUGAGACACAGUUCUUACCAUAUGGACAUGGGAGAACGUUUGACCUUUUGGACUCAGAUAGUCUUUCUAGAAAAUCUGGGAUUAUAUACAGAUAUUAAAAUCUACAGACCAGAGUUGCUAAAGCAAGAAACUUAUCUUCAGUAUGAAAUAGCUCGUGGAAUCUGUACUAAGAAUAUGACAGUAACCUUUUAUCAUCACCAUGAUUAUUCAAAAGCCGUGAGCUAUGAAGAUACACUGGUGUAUACAUCAGGUGUUAUGGCAAUUGAAAUGAAGCCUUCGACUACUGGAAGAACAUGUUUUUCUAACAACAAGAUGUCUUUCAUAAAUGUUGGCUGUUCUUCAUCAAGGUAUUUGGAAAUUGAAAAAUAUGAGAAUGCUGAUGCUAUUAAUAUUGUUCAGUCAAACUAUGUACUGUGGGAAGUUAAUGGUAGGAAUGACUUUCAUUAUAAUUCAACUAUGGAACAGAAUUAUAAAUCCUGUUUUAUGGCUGAAGAAGACUUUCCAGGAGACUUAAAUAAGCCAUAUGAAAUCAUGAACCACUCUGGCAUCAACUCUGUCAUUUGGCCUCAGUACUACACUGGUAUUUUCAUGUUCAGAGUGAUAAUAGUGGACCCAAACUUCAGUUUUUGUAUGUACGAAACAAAUUUUGCAGUCCGUACAUAUGGCAUCAUUAAAAGACCAAACAUGUUUAAGAUUGCCGGUUGGUCUAUCUUGAUAGUUACUCUCUUUUUGGGAGUACUCAUCUUCAGCUACUUUAGGUAUGUAAAAAUAUUCCGGUCGCUCAGUUUCGUGGACCCACUGCUGUCGCUUGAUCUACAUCUUCAUGCAACAGUUUCUUCAGAGGAAAAGAAAGAAGAGUAG